AGGUAUGUAAUUUAUUCCCGGAAUUACAUUAGUUCCGGUGGCAAGUUCUGGCCUGGACAAGGCACGGCGGGGAAGAGGAAAAAUUCAUUGGGGGCGCAGAAAAAGGGAAGGAAAAAAAAAAGGGAGGAUAGAACAAAAAUCGAAAUUUUAGUUCCCCUCACCGCCCGCAUAAAAUUUUGUUAAAAACCCCUCCAUAACUCGAUUCAUCCCACCAUCGAUCACCAUCGACCCCAUCGCCCUCUUUGAAGAAAUUCUCCCGCGCCCUGACGGUCUUUGCGAACCCGUUCGGCAAAUAAAGAACCAUCAAAAUGGCGGAAGAAGUGUAUGAUGGUGCCAUUGGCAUCGAUCUGGGCACAACUUAUUCCUGCGUCGCUGUAUAUGAGGGGAACAAUGUCGAGAUCAUCGCCAACGAGCAGGGCAGCUUCACCACCCCGUCAUACGUCUCCUUCAACGAAAAGGAGCGCCUCAUUGGUGAGGCCGCCAAGAACCAGGCCGCCAUGAACCCGCGGAAUACCGUCUUCGAUGUCAAACGACUGAUCGGCCGGCCCUUCAACGACCCCAUCGUGAAGAAGGACAUCGAGUCGUGGCCCUUCAAGGUUGUCGAGCAGGGCACCAACCCGGUUGUCCAGGUCGAGUACCUGGGCGAGACCAAGACAUUCUCGCCCCAGGAGAUCUCUGCUAUGGUCCUCAUUAAGAUGAAGGAAAUCGCCGAGACCAAGCUCGGCAAGAAGGUGGAGAAGGCCGUCAUCACCGUGCCUGCCUACUUCAACGACAACCAACGCCAGGCCACCAAGGAUGCCGGCGCUAUUUCCGGUCUCAACGUCCUCCGCAUCAUCAACGAGCCUACUGCCGCCGCUAUCGCCUAUGGCCUAGGCGCCAACAAGAGCAACAAGGAGCGCAAUGUCCUAAUCUACGACCUGGGUGGUGGUACUUUCGAUGUCUCCCUCCUCAACAUCCAAGGCGGCGUCUUUACCGUCAAGGCUACUGCUGGUGAUACCCAUCUUGGUGGUCAGGAUUUCGAUACCAACCUUCUCGAUCACUGCAAGAAGGAGUUCCAGCGCAAGACUAAGAAGGACAUCUCGGGCGACCCGCGAGCCCUACGACGGCUGCGGACCGCUUGCGAGCGCGCUAAGCGAACCCUGUCUAACGGUGCCCAAACCACUAUCGAAAUCGAUUCGCUCUUCGACGGCGACGACUUCUUCCUCCAGAUCACCCGCGCUCGUUUUGAGGACCUCAACGCUAAGGCCUUUAACGGCACCUUGGAGCCUGUUGCCCAGGUGCUCAAGGACGCCGGCGUCGAGAAGAGCGCCGUCGACGAGAUCGUGCUUGUCGGCGGCUCUACCCGUAUCCCCAAGAUCCAGAAGCUCCUCAGCGACUUCUUCGACGGCAAGAAGCUAGAGAAGAGCAUCAACCCGGACGAGGCCGUCGCUUAUGGCGCUGCUGUCCAGGCAGGUAUCCUCUCCGGCAAGGCUACUUCUGCCGAUACCUCAGACCUCCUCCUGCUCGACGUCGUGCCCCUGUCGUUGGGUGUCGCUAUGGAAGGCAACAUCUUCGCCCCCGUCGUCACGCGCGGCCAGACCGUUCCCACAAUAAAGAAGCGGACCUUCACCACGGUCGCCGACAACCAGCAGACCGUUCAGUUCCCCGUAUACCAGGGUGAGCGUGUUAACUGCGAGGACAACACGUCUCUAGGCGAGUUCACGCUGGCACCCAUCCCUCCUAUGCGGGCCGGUGAGGCCGUCUUGGAAGUCGUUUUCGAAGUCGAUGUCAACGGCAUCCUAAAAGUUACUGCCACCGAGAAGACUUCCGGUCGCAGCGCCAACAUCACCAUUGCCAACUCGGUCGGCAAGCUCUCGUCGACCGAGAUCGAGAGCAUGAUCAACGACGCGGAGAAGUUCAAGAACAGCGACGAAGCUUUCAGCAAGCGAUUUGAGGCUAAGCAACAACUCGAGUCCUACAUUAGCCGUGUCGAGGAGAUCAUCUCCGACCCGACUCUGUCCCUCAAGCUGAAGCGUGGCCAGCGGGACAAGAUUGAGCAGUCGCUUAGCGAUGCCAUGGGCCAGCUCGAAAUUGAAGAGUCUACGGCCGACGACCUGAAGAAGAAGGAACUGGCCCUGAAGAGAUUGGUCACCAAGGCUAUGUCUUCUCGAUAAGUGCAUCUCGAGUGCUCAACAGCUCGGAAAAUUCAGUCAUGGAACAUAGACGAACGCGGAGAGGGGAGGGAGGGGGGGGGGGCCUUGUUUUCCCUCCCCCAGAAUCUUGCGGGUGGGAACUUUUAACCCUCACUCGCAGGCUUUAUUGACAGAGUAUCUGGAGGGGAAAGGCAGGAAUGAAUCCCCUCCAUGUGACGCACGAUUUAUGAGAUGCGGGGAAACAGAAGAGAUAAGUUUCCCGGGUGGUUCCUAUACACCCAGUAUACGCGGA